AUGGUUAUCCGGAGGACCUGCGAGGGGAUGAGCGCCAUUUCGCACCACGUCGAGUUGUUUAUGCUAACUCCAAACACUAGUCUACAUAAGACGCUGCUACAGCUGCUCUGCAACCGUGCCCGCCGCUCAGUGCCCCUGACAGCACUUCCGUGUUGUUGUGGUGACGUCAGAGCAGGCUGUCAGGAGGAAGACCCCUAUCACCACCAUGGAUCUCAAAUAAUCACGGGCCCAAAGCAAUUGCAGCUCCUUCGUGUUGACAUUCUAUCCAAAGGGGCCGAGUCUGUGGACGAGAGGAGAAACAUCAUUGAUAAUCAGCUGAAUGUAACCCAAAAUGGCAGUGUUCCCCUUUCUGCUCCGGUCCCCACGGUCCUCCCCUCAUCGUCACCAGUCAUUUGGUGA